AUCAUCCUCAUCAUCAUCCUCCUCAUCAUCAUCAGCCCCAGCACUGCCAGCAGCAUCAGUGUGAUGAAGCAGCGGAGGACGGAAACCCUCCAGCUUUGAGAUACUGGAACAACCCGCUGACAGGAUGACUGAAGUGAUUAAUUCUCUGGAGCCGGGGACAGAGGGCUUCAGUGGGGGAGGAGCAGGAGAUCAGGAUUCAAUCUUCCCAGACACCCAUGAAAGGUAUCCAAAGCUGUCCAAGAGGCUUCCCUCCAUCGUGGUGGAACCAACAGACGCAGCCGAGGUGGAAAGCGGGGAGCUGCGUUGGCCACCAGACGAGCCCGGCACCCCAGAAGCCCAAACCGAGAGGCGGACAGCAGAACAAACUGCAGAUGAGGAGAAGGCAGAUGCCGGAGUGGAUGAAGAGGCGUCGGGGGUGGAGAUGCAGGACUCCAACUGAAGCAACCGUCCUCGUGUGAAAUACGCUGUUACUGUGAGUGGGACCGGACAUGGACGAAUGCGAAACAAAACCUAAAGAAAGAGCGCCUUGCGAAAGUAGACAGAUUAAGGGAGAUAUUUGGAAGGAGAGUAGAGAAAACAGAUUUCCAAAUCCCAGCUCGUGGGCUUGGAGCCAGUGUGGCGUCGACACCUUCAGGGACAACACAGACAAAGUGUUUUUCUUUGCAUGAACACAGCCAGGCUGAUAUGACUAAAGAUUGAUAUUGGGGACUAAUAUUCUAGUAUUCCGUUCCGGACCACGCUUUCCCAGUUGGCUGCUUUGCAAUGAGGAAAAAGAUUCGAUAACUUUUGGCAGCAAGAUUUCCUUUCCCACACGACUGCUGUCACACAUCCAUCUUAGUAAAUAAAUUGACAAAAUUAACGUGGUCUUUCUGGCUCCAAGCCCUUAACGCCCAGAUGCCCAUGAUAUCAUCUGCGCAUCUGGUCCUGACAGAUAUUUCUAUAUGCUGUUAGAAGUUUUUAGCUCAUGUGUGCCAUACUACUACUAAUGAUAGCUGCUGUAUUUGUGCAGUUUUACAUGAAAUUUAGAUGUAAAGGACAUUCCUAUUAAGUGCUGACUGCUGUAGUUUGGUGAUCUUGGUCUCACUAUUCACUUUGUAAUAAUAGCUAUGAGUAUUUGAUUAAGAACAAAUAUUUCUCUUUAUUUGAUGUUAUAGCAUUCCUUAAUAUCUUAUGAUAUGUAUACUUUGUCUUCAUACAGUAGUUGUUAAAGGGAAUGUAAUUGUGUUGUUUUCCUCACAAUAUCGGAGCAAUAUAUUUACUGGAAUUUCAAGGCAAUCGAUUUUGUUACAGAGUUCAAAUGAACCAGUAUGUUUUAGAUGGGUGUUGCUUGGCACAGACAUAUUUUUAAAAAUACUGGAAUCCUAAAUUAUUACACAAGUAAUAAAACCUUUUAAAAAUUAUUUAAGGUUUCUUUCCUUCAUUGUGGAAAACUGAAAAGGAUACAAACACAUCACUGAAAAUGACAAAAAAUGGCCAUAAUCAUGGUCUUCUUUCUAUUCUUCUGAGAUCUGGUGUUAAAUGUUCAUUUUAUUUUACGAGUUCGGCUGAGAUUUCCUCUUAACGUCUUGCUGUACAGUGAAGAGAGCAUCCUGGGUUUUGUGUUGAGGUUGUAGUUGCGUGGUAAAAAAAAUGAAAGGACUUUCCGAAAUUUAACACAAUUGAUAGAAGCAUGAGACAGGCAAAUAGGUAGAUAAUAAUUAUUUUCUUUCUAAAAAAAUAAAUCUUAAAGGCUAUUCUAAAAUGGUGGAAAAGUAGUGGCCACCUGUUCAAGCAGAUUUUUGUGUUGUGUCUUUCUUUGCUUCUUUUGGAAGUUUCCCUAUGAAACCUACAUUUUAAAAUCCUUUCACCAACGACUUGCAUUUUGUGUUUUUGGGCUGAUUCCUGCUUUUAAUUAAUAAACCUUUAAAUAUUUGUUAUACUGCAUAAAUACGCCAGUGGAGACAAUAUUUACAUGUAAAAAUAACUGGGCUUUUCAAAACCAAACAAUGCCUGGAAUAAAACCAUAAUCACAGAGAGAGCUAUUUUUUUUUUUAAAUUAAGAGAUAUUUUUUAAAGUAAUCAUUAAGAAAAAACUUUUUUUCAUGCAUAUUCAGUAUUUUUAAUACCAUAUAGCAUUUCAGAGAAUAGUUUGCCCUUUUUUCCUUUAUUUUCACACUCAAAUUGAUUUAUUUUAAGUUUUAAUUCUGCUUUAUGAAACAUUGAUGCAAAGCCCUUCAGAGAUCAAAAGACACAAAAUCUGAGAACGAAAGGUAAGAGGAGAAAAUGUCUCGUCUUAGCAGCUGGGAAUAAAAGGUUGCAGACAUGUCAUGUCUGACUGAAUGUUCAUUUCUAUGUUAAUUUGCAAUUGUACCACUUUAUUGUUAAUUUCUUUCUUUAAUGAGAAUUUCAGUGGAUUCAAGACUAGAAUAAGAUGAAAGAGCAAUCUUAACAUGUCUUGUAAAUGUAUUGGUCCUUUUGAAUAACUGCUUUGAUGCUUCAUAAUCCAAACAAUAAAAAAAAUCUCCCA